ACCCUAGCCCACUCGCAUAUAUUCCCCCGCCCCGCAGCGCCAGGCCACCCCUCUCUCUCUCUCUGCAAGACCUGAAGGAGCGGAGCCGCCGAGCCUGGGAAGAGCCACCACCCCAGCCUAUCGCCCCGCCUCCGCUUCCGAAGGGUCAGUGAUGGCGGACCGUGCUAACCACCCGUCUGUCAUGCAGAAGUUCGGUGGGCAGUUCCACCUCAGCUCCAGCUUCUCUGAGGGUGUACGAGCUCGCAACAUCUGCCCUUCUGUGCCAUCCUAUGAGAGGCGCUUCACCACAAGCAGCUACAUGACUCAGAGCCUUGGCAUCAGAGCCCCAAUGAUGUCAUCUUCUCCACUGUUUGCCAAUGCACCCCCGGAGAAGAAAGGCGCCAAGAACUUUGCGAUCGAUUUCCUCAUGGGAGGAGUGUCUGCUGCAGUUUCCAAGACUGCUGCAGCUCCCAUUGAGCGUGUUAAGCUGCUUAUCCAGAACCAGGAUGAGAUGAUCAAGGCUGGCAGGCUCUCUGAGCCAUACAAGGGUAUUGGUGACUGCUUUGGACGCACCAUCAAGGAAGAAGGCUUUGGCUCAUUGUGGAGAGGAAAUACUGCCAACGUCAUCCGUUACUUCCCAACUCAGGCUUUGAACUUUGCAUUCAAGGAUUACUUCAAGAGGAUGUUCAACUUCAAGAAGGACAAGGAUGGUUACUGGAAGUGGUUCGGUGGCAACCUUGCUUCUGGUGGUGCCGCUGGUGCUUCCUCGCUGUUCUUCGUGUACUCCCUGGACUAUGCUAGGACAAGGCUGGCCAAUGACGCAAAGGCAUCCAAGGGUGGAGGUGAAAGGCAGUUCAAUGGCCUUGUUGAUGUCUACCGCAAGACUCUCAAGUCAGAUGGUAUUGCUGGGCUUUACCGUGGAUUCAACAUCUCCUGUGUUGGAAUCAUUGUCUACCGUGGUCUCUACUUUGGGCUGUAUGACUCUCUAAAGCCAGUUCUCCUUACUGGCACUCUCCAGGACAACUUCUUUGCCAGCUUUGCUCUUGGUUGGUUGAUCACCAACGGUGCGGGUCUUGCAUCUUACCCCAUUGACACGGUCCGCAGAAGGAUGAUGAUGACCUCCGGGGAGGCUGUCAAGUACAAGAGCUCCUUGGAUGCUUUCAAUCAGAUCCUGGCUAAGGAGGGUGCCAAGUCCCUCUUCAAGGGUGCUGGUGCUAACAUCCUCCGUGCCAUUGCUGGUGCUGGUGUGCUCUCCGGCUACGAUCAGCUCCAGAUCCUCUUCUUCGGCAAGAAGUACGGCUCAGGCGGUGCCUAGAGGGGAAGAAAUGAUGACGAACAAGAGAAGUCUGUUCCCAGUCCUGCCCUUCGAGGAUCUGGCGAACUUUUAUCUUUUUAACGUUGGAAGGCAAUAAUUUCUGUAGAGGGUGGAUUUUCCCAACAUUCGUUUUUGGUGGAGGCAUCGAACUCCAGAGGUUGUCGUAGGUUGGCGGCAGCGUUCUCAAAACAUUUACUAUCAUAGGGUUGAGUUUGAGUUCGAGUAUGUGCCCUGAAUCGUUACUGGGCAAUUUUCCUUAAAUACAUUGUCCUCGAAUCCGACUGAGAUUAUGGUCAAGUUUAUCCUGUUGGUGUUAA